UUCAACCGAUCUCUUGCUUUGAACUACGGAAAAGUAACAGAUAUAAUGACAACCAUUUUACCUGGUCAAGAAACGCAUGAAAUUCGAAUUACUUCCUUAUUUAUAUGUAUUUGAUUUUUGAUUGUUUUUCCAUCAUGUAGUGCAGAAAACGCGGUGUCAAUACAGAUUCAAGGGCAUGAGUAAUAUUUAGUAUUUCAGCGGUUUUCCACCCGAAAUUUUAAGGGUUUGUUUUGUAAAACACCAGAUCAUUGCAAUCGUAUGCACUAGAAUGGCGAAGGAUUUGUUAGUUUGGUCAAUGCUACAUGUAUUGACGGCCGAUCUGGUGGAAUUUGGAAUAUUUAUUUGAGUUGACUAAAGAUUUGGGAAUAUAUUACUUGAUAAGAUUGUUCGCCCCCAUUGGCAUCUGGAAUUGGAGUUGGUGUUGUGAUCUUGUUUCUUGUAAGCAUUUGUAAAGAGGUAGGCCUUGGGUUUUUCAUAUUUUGAUUUUGUAAAGAGGCAGUCCUUGUCUUUUUUGAUUUUGGCAAAGACGUUGGGCUUGGCUGUUUUAAUUUUGUGCUGGUGAGGCUUGGUAAUCAAACCCUAGCAGUCAAAUUUUCAGAUAGGGCUAGAUACUAGUUAUUUGGGGUAGGCAAUCCUUCAUUUGGAGAAACCCUAAUUGCAGGAGUAAUCAUCGGUGCCCUAAAAGUAGUAAAAUAGCCAACAGUCUUAACUCUCUGACCUCUUGCUUGCCCCCUGAUCCUGAACAUGAGUCGACCUCAUGAUGGGCAUCCCUUCUCGUCGUUCUUUGGAAAUCAUUUCAGGAUGGUCAUUCGGAAACGCUUAUCGAGCUUCAAUUCAAAACACAGUCACGCAUUGAAGGUUUUUGAGACCUCUUUGGCAGAUAGAUUAAAGCAGCUCCAGUUGACGAAGCCAAAAGGCUUCAUAAAUUUGGCAUGGAUGCAACAAGCCACGGAGGUGUUAUGUGCAACACACAAGGAUUUGAGGUCCUUCAUUGCGGAUCUGCAAUUUCCAUUAACAAAGUGGGAUAAGAAAUGGAUCGAUGAGUAUCUGGAUGACAGUUUGAAAUUGCUUGACAUUUGUAAUUUGUUGAAUGCUGAGACCUCAAAGCUUGAAAUAUCUAAACUCUCAGUACAAUAUGUAUUGCAUCUGCUGGAUUUCUCUGGGGGAGUUCCGCCAUGUGACAAAGUGUCUCGUGCCAAGGACACCCUGCAAGACUUGACAGGAGAAACUAAAGCAGAGGGGAAAAGUGGCAAGUUAAAAACAAUCUCUAAAGCUGAGAGUUGUACUGCCAUUUUACACGGUAUGAACAAAAGUUUUCACUUGGGGAAGAAGAAAUGCUCAAGCAAGGGCAAGCUUUUCAUGAGGGCAAUGUAUGGAGUGAAGGUGAUAACCUUAUUUGUAUGCAGUAUUCUUACAUCUGCUUUGUCAGGAUCUGCUGAUUCAUUGGGAGAAUUGCACAUUCCUGAACGGUUCUUGUGGUCAGCAUCAUUCAGGAGUUUGCAGCAGGAGGUAAAUGAGGACACCAAGAAUGGAUCUACCAAGGCUCCUGUUUUGAAAGAAUUAGAGGACCUGGAUGCAGCAGUUAAAAGCGUUCAUUUGGUGAUUCAGACCUCAUGUAUAGGCAUUCUAGAAGGAAAAGGCAAAGCAGUGCAGGUUCCUGAAGAAUUGGAGGAAGUGGUACAGAUCAGAGAGGGUGUUAAAGAAUUACGGGACAGUGUAGAGAUGCUUUCCAAUGGGCUAGAUUCUUUAAAGAAUCAGGUCAAUGAGUUUUUCCAGAUUGUAUUGAACGGGAGAAAUGAAUUGCUUGAAAGCCUCCGGGUGUCUGAUGACACAGAUACAUUUGAAAAUGGGGUCGGCCAAGAUUGAUAUUACAGAGUUUGUCAGAAAAAGAAAUUGCCUAUUCAUGCUUUCGAGGUGCUGGAGAGAACUGUAUUAUUCUAGGCAUGCAAGUUACCUAUGUAUGAAAGUGCCUAUUAAUCUCAGGACAUGUAUAUGCUUUUUUAAGCUGCCAAAUUUAGGACCGUAUGUAAUUGCUAUAAAGGUUGAUGCAAAUAUGCUUGUAACUGUCCUUGAUUUGUAUAAUCUGUUUUUGACGCUUGGCUGGAA